UAUUUAUUUUUGCGUCUUUAGCUGGUUAUUCGGAGCUGGAUCUCGUUCCCAGCCUCACACCCCCCCGGAUCCUCCCCCUUCAACUCUUUUUCUCUGGGCUUUGAAUCUUCUCUUCUGGGGUUUGAUCAUCUCAGGGGGGUGAGCGGAUUUCUUGAUUUGGGGCUGAUUUGCUUUGAUUCUGUCUUUUGACCAUCUCUCGGAAGUUAUUUCGGUGAGUUGUGGGAAUGUGGAGAGACGCUGGAGCUCCUGCUGAUUCUUUCUAUGAGGUUCGCCCUGAGUGCACCGAUGUUCCCAAAACCCGCUUCAAGAUCAGGGCUGGGAAAACUUUAAGUGUUAGAAAAUGGCAAGCAGCAUUUAAUCCAGAAGGGCAACUGGACAUAGCAAAGACUCUAAAUCGCAUUCACCGUGGGGGGAUCCAUCCUUCAAUUAGAGGAGAAGUGUGGGAGUUUCUUCUUGGUUGUUAUGAUCCUAUGAGCACCAUUGAGGAGAGAGAAGAAAUUCGCCAGCGUCGAAGGAUACAGUAUGCGACAUGGAAGGAAGACUGUCGACAAAUGUUCCCUGUCAUUGGAAGUGGUAGAUACAUCACAGCACCUGUAAUCACAGAGGAUGGUCAGCCUAUUCAAGAUCCGCUUGUACUUUUGGAAGCAAAUCCAGAAAGUGGUCCGCUUGUGCCUCAAGACACCGGCACUGCUGAUGCCGAGUCUGAUGGUUCACAGCCGAAUUCUUGUAGUAACAUGGAACCUGUGACAGAUCAGAAAAUAAUUCAGUGGAUGCUUACUUUACAUCAGAUAGGCCUUGACGUGGUUCGGACUGACAGAACUUUGGUAUUCUACGAAAAACAAGAAAACUUAUCAAAACUUUGGGAUAUUCUUGCUGUUUAUGCGUGGAUAGAUAAAGACAUCGGCUACUGUCAAGGAAUGAGUGAUCUUUGUUCCCCCAUGAUAAUGCUUCUCGAGGAUGAAGGCGAUUCGUUUUGGUGCUUUGAACGUUUGAUGCGCAGAUUGCGAGGGAACUUCCGAUGCACUGAUAGCUCGGUCGGCGUGGAGACUCAACUCAAUAACUUGGCUGCUAUCACACAAGUCAUUGAUCCAAAACUUCAUCAACACUUGGAGACACUUGGGGGUGGUGACUAUCUUUUCGCUUUCAGGAUGCUUAUGGUUUUAUUCAGACGCGAGUUUUCCUUUUGCGAUUCGUUAUAUCUCUGGGAGAUGAUGUGGGCUCUGGAAUACGAUCCCGAUCUAUUUGCGUUGUAUGAAGAACCUGAAAUGUGCAAUGAGAAAGGCGAGGGAUCGAAAGGAAAAGAAAAAUCGAUGCGCCAAUGUGGGAAAUACGAACGGGAGAAUUUGAAAGCAAAGAACGCACAAGCUCCUCUUCCGAUCUCGGUUUUCCUUGUUGCUAGUGUCUUGAAAGAUAAGAGCACAAAGCUACUUACAGAAGCUCGGGGUCUGGACGACGUUGUGAAGAUAUUAAAUGACAUGACUGGAAAUCUUGAUGCCAAAAAAGCUUGCACUGGGGCAAUGAAGCUUCACAAGAAGUAUCUAAAAAAGGCCAAGAAGCCAUAGCAGUAGAGGAAGCUGAAACUAUACUUUUUUUUUCUGGUCAUCGAGUCGAUCGGGCAAGAGAUACCAGUGGCCGGAGUUUGUGGAGGCGACACAAUUUUUCUGAUCAGCUAUACAUUCCCAGAUAUUGAAUUUGUUGUAUGUAAAAAUAAUGGUUCAUUUCCCCCCCUUUUUGGACACACAUUAAAAGAACAGUGAAAGAAUAUGUUUUGUGAUAAUCAUCCUGAUUCUUUGUAACAACUUGAUGCAUACACCAGUAAAUAUCGUUGGUAUAUGGGAACAACAUUCCAGGCCUUA